CCAAGAGUUGAGAGAGAGAGAGGCGGCAUUGUUGACCUUCACAGGAAAAAGCAGAGCGAGAGAGAGGACGCAAUAUACUGUAGUGCUCCACGAAGGAGAGAGAGAGAGAGAGAGAGAGAGAGGGGGGAAGGAGGGAAGGAAGUGAGGAGAGAGUGUGAGUAAGAGCAAGAGAGAAAGAGAGAGAGGAAAGAGAGAGGGAGGGAUUGAGAGAGAGAGGAGGCAGAGGAAGAAGGGAGAACAUAUUUGAGCGUGAAAAGAGAGGAAGAGAGCAGCUUCUGAAAGAGGCAGGUACCAGAGUGCAGGAACCAUGAGGGCCGGGUUCGGAUCGUAUUCUCUGCUGCUGCUGCUGCUGUGCCCCGUGCUGUGGGGCCAGCGGAAUCCCCAGCGACGACCCAAGAAGCCGGUACGUCCCGCCGUCACCCGUAAACCGCCAGCACCUGUGGCCCCCGCGGCGCCCGAGGUCUUGCCGAUGGAGCCGGCCGAGCCCACCGACUUCCCCCCUCCCAUCCUGAACCCCCCCUCGCCGUACGACAACUGCCCGCGGGAGUGCAGCUGCAACCCCAUCUACCCCCACGCCCUCUACUGCGAGAACCGCAACCUCCGCAGGGUGCCCCAGAUCCCGCCCGACAUCUACUACCUGUACCUGCGGAACAACUACAUCGACGAGGUCACCGCCGACGCCUUCAAGAACGCCACCGACCUCAAGUGGGUCGACCUGGCCAACAAUCGCGUGCGCCGGAUCGACCGCGAGGUCUUCAAGAAGGUCCCGAACCUGCUCUACCUGUACAUGGAGCGGAACCAGAUGAAGGAGAUCCCGACGGAUCUCCCCGAGAGCCUAGAACAGCUCCGACUGAGCCGGAACCAGAUCUCCAAGAUCCCGGCCGGCGCCUUCAACAAGCUGGAGCACCUGGUUCUGUUGGACCUCCACCACAACCGCAUCAGCGACAGCAACCUGGGCAAGAACGUCUUCAAGGACCUGAAGAACCUCAUGCAGCUCAACCUGGCACACAACAUCCUGCGGAAGAUGCCGAGCAACGUUCCCAGCGGAAUCUUCCAGCUGUUCCUGGACCGGAACAACAUCGAGGACAUCCCGCAGGACUACUUCAAGGACUUCACCAACCUGGCGUUCAUCCGGCUCAACUACAACCAGCUGAACGACAAGGGCCUGCCCAAGAUGGUGUUCAACAUCAGCAGCCUGAUGGACCUGCACCUGGCCCACAACAAGCUCAGCGUGGUGCCCCACUUCAACGGACGCCUGGAACACCUGCACCUCAACCACAACCAGAUCGAGUAUUUAAACGGCACAGAGAUCUGUCCUCAUAGCGCGCGGGCGGACCUGGAGGACAACGAGGCGGUGCCCAGACUGAGGUACCUGCGGCUGGACGGGAAUCACCUGAGCCCCCCCGUCCCCAUGGACGUCAUCACGUGCUUCAGACACCUCCACGCCAUCGUCAUCUAGAGUCACUAGCAAGAGCAACACACACACACACACACACACACACACACACACACACACACACACACACACACACUAGACAAACAACCAAAUUGACAAUCAGAUACACACACAUAUACAUAUAUUAUGCAGACAUACGCACAGGAACAGAAGGACACACAUAAAAUGUUAACACAUACACACACACACACACACACACACACACACUGAUACACCGAAACACUCUACUUUUGGUAUUCCUGCCCUUCUUGAUAGAACUUGGUUGAAACUGAAAAUAAGUUUGAAAGUCUGAAUGUUUUUUUUUAUUAUUAUUGUUGUUUCUAAAUGAAAAAAAAGGAGAGAGAUCUUUGCAAACUUGAGGACAUGUUUUACUGUACAACCCAGCGUCAUUUCAACGAAAUGUGUAUUUAUUGAGGGAGAAAGGAAACCAAAUUGCUGCCGACUACGGCCCAUAUCUGUUUGAGAUCCGGCAUGGAUGUGACUGUUCUGGCCCGGAUCUGUCUGGGACCUGGCUCAGAUGCGGCGCUGUUCUGGCACACGUCCGGCGCAGAGCCUCUGGCUCUCUGGACGGAGUUUUUUUGACUGUCUUCUCACGUCGUGACAAUAGAAUACGUUGUUCUCUGAGCUGGCACAUUACUGUAGCAGCAGCUCAGAACAUGCAUUAAUAAAUCAGACCCGAACAUCAGAGGCGAGUCCGUGAUUCUCACGCCAAACAGAAUUUUUGUCAAGUGCUAGUCAUCCAUUUUGUCUGUGUGGCCGGAUAAACUUGAACCGUCCAAUCAGCAAAGCAUUCACAGACUGUCUUAGCUCUGUAAAUGGUAAACAAAUACAGUGUGUUGCUUCAGGAGGCUGGAUGAUAACGAGUGAAUAUUCACAACCUUUGAGCAGAAUCACGGACGACACCUUUUAAGGCGCAUUAGGUGGCAUGCAGCAGGUGACUACAGAGUAGUUGCAUCAAAGGGACCAGGCAGGAGAGGUGUGUGUGUGUGUGUGGCAGGAGAGGUGUGUGUGUGUGGCAGGAGAGGCGUGUGUGUGUGGCAGGAGAGGUGUGUGUGUGUGUGUGUGUGUGUGUGUGUGUGUGUGUGGCAGGAGAGGUGUGUGUGUGUGUGUGUGUGGCAGGAGAGGUGUGUGUGUGUGGCAGAAGAAGGGUGUGUGUGUGGCAGGAGAGGUGUGUGUGUGUGUGUGUGUGUGGCAGGAGAGGUGUGUGUGUGUGGCAGGAGAGGUGUGUGUGUGUGUGGCAGAAGAGAGUUCUCAGAAGGGCUCAGCUCAUGCUGACACCAAGACCAGACCAAACGAGACCAGACGAGACGAGACGAGACGAGACGAGACGAGACGCUUGUGUGGAUCACGUGACUACCAUGUAGUUGAACAUGUCCUUGAUGCGCUGGUGGUGUUUAGGGGGCUGUUUGGCGGGAGAUCUUUCAUAUUUUAUGUAUUUUGUAUAAAUCAGUUCUGUAAAAUAAAAUCAAAUAAAUACUUUUCUUCUUCUAUCUCA